GGGAAAAAUCUUCUUCCCGACUUUCUUUGCCGAUUAUUGAUCGGAGUUUUCUUUGUUCGUUUCAUCUGCCAAUUUCUUUCCUACUCGGUGCUGGAAUCUCUUACUUUUCCAAUCACUUGUCUAUUUUUGGAAACAAAUCGUCACUGAUUUUGUACUUUGUUUAUCAAAUUCCAAAACUAGGGUUUAUCGAAUCCAUUGUUGUUCCUCAAAUUAUAAGUAUUCAAGCUGUUGACACAGUAGCGUCUUCUUUUCAUAGCCGCUGUUGUCGAAUUUUGAAUUUCUCGAUUUUCGCGGCGCUUUUGUUACUCUACAGCUCCAAUUGAUAGAAGUAGGGUUUCUCGUUGCUGUUGUCAGUGGAUCAAGUAGGAGAUCAUGGAUAUUGACGGACUAGACGAUGUUCAUAUUUUAGAUCCUGAGUUCUUGCAGCUCCAGGGUUUGUCUCCUGCUCCUCUCAAACCAAGCUCUCAUAUUGCUGAUGAACUCUUCUCUCAGUGGCUCUCACUCCCUGAAACUGCCAGAUUGGUCAAGUCUUUGAUUGAUGAUGCUAAAUCUGGAACACCAACUAAUGUAUCCAAGAAUUACGCCACCACCAAUGUUUCUGGUGGAAGUGCUUUGCCUGCUGUGUUUCUGAGCAGCAGCACUCCCCCGCUAUCUCCACGAAGCUCGUCUGGUUCCCCUCGUUUCUCUAGGCAAAGGACUAGCCCUCCAUCUCUCCAAUCUCCUCUGCGAUCAGUCAAGGAGCCAAAGUGUGAACUCAUUCCUCAGUUCUACUACCAACAUGGGCGUCCACCAGCAAAAGACCUAAAGGACCAGUGUAUAUCCAUGGUUGAUCAAUUUUUUAGUAACUAUAUUGAUGGACUACAUGUACAUGAAUUCAAAUCCAUUACGAAAGAAGUCUGCAAGCUGCCUUCUUUUCUUUCUCCUGCACUUUUCAGAAAGAUUGAUCCCAAUUGCACUGAUAUAGUUACAAGGGAUGCGUUUAUCAAGUAUUGGAUUGAUGGAAAUAUGUUAUCUAUGGACACAGCCUCCCAGAUAUAUAAUAUACUAAGGCAGCAGGGCUGCAAGUACCUCAGACAGGCAGACUUCAAACCAGUUCUUGAUGAGCUUCUGGCAACACAUCCUGGGUUAGAAUUUCUGAGGACGACAAGCGAAUUUCAAGAAAGAUAUGCUGAAACUGUCAUCUACAGAAUAUUUUACUACAUUAACAGAUCCGGAACUGGUUGCCUUACUCUUAGAGAGCUGAAACGUGGAAAUCUAAUUGCUGCUAUGCAACAACUUGAUGAAGAGGACGACAUCAAUAAAAUUAUUAGGUACUUCUCCUAUGAGCACUUCUACGUCAUAUACUGCAAAUUUUGGGAACUUGAUGGUGACCAUGAUUGUUUUAUUGAUAAGGACAAUCUCAUCAAAUAUGGUAAUAAUGCCCUUACCUACAGGAUUGUUGAUAGAAUAUUUUCACAGGUUCCUAGGAAGUUUACGAGUAAAGUUGAAGGGAAGAUGAGUUAUGAAGAUUUUGUGUACUUCAUUCUUGCCGAGGAAGACAAGUCUUCCGAGCCUAGUCUUGAGUAUUGGUUCAAGUGUGUAGACUUGGAUGAAAAUGGCGUAAUCACUCCAAACGAAAUGCAGUUUUUUUUCGAAGAGCAGCUGCAUCGCAUGGAAUGCAUAACCCAGGAAGCUGUUCUUUUCAGCGAUAUCCUAUGUCAAAUAAUUGACAUGAUUGGACCCGAGAAAGAAAACUGCAUCACCUUCCAGGAUCUGAAAGGAUCCAAACUUUCAGGAAACGUCUUCAAUAUACUCUUCAACCUAAAUAAAUUCAUGGCAUUUGAAACACGUGACCCAUUUCUCAUUCGCCAGGAAAGGGAGGAUCCAAAUUGGACAGAGUGGGAUCGAUUCGCUCAGAGAGAGUAUGUGAGAUUGUCAAUGGAGGAAGAUGUAGAUGAAGUCUCAAAUGGGAGUGCAGAUGUCUGGGAUGAACCACUCGAACCUCCAUUUUAGUCCAUAGUGAUCGAUGAUCAGAGAUUGGAGGUCACUGUUGUUUCCAGACGUUUUUGGCAGUGGAGGAGAUUCAUCAUCAUCAUCUUCAAAGAGACUCAGCCAAAUUCAUGAAAUUUUUGCAAUUUUGUUUUGGUUUCAUUAUAAGUUGGGCCCUCUCUACCUCUACAUCAUCUAGUGUCCAUAUAAACAGUUGGAUUGUCU